AUGGAAUCGAGAGAUAGAAAUCAUCGAAGUCCUGCAAUCAUUCCAUCUCGUAUAGUUGCUACUCCAAUCCGCAAUAGUGAUGCGGAUAGAUCAGUUCAUCAAAUGAUCGAACGCACGCUUCAUGAAAUUACUCAAUUAAGCCCACCUAAGCAAGCUGCUGUUGGUGGUAUUUCUGGCAUAGCUGCUGGUUAUUGUUUCGCAAAAGCAAGUAAAAUGGUAGCAUUUACUAUCGGCGCAUCUAUUAUCGGUUUAGCUCUUGCUAAUCAAUCUGGUUAUGUUGAUAUUCAUUUUGAUCGACUUCGAGAUACAGCACAACAACAAUUAAAUAAUGUUCAACGUGUAGCAAGAGCAAAUCUUCCACCAACCACUACAACAAAUGUAGAUGGCGAAGAAAUUGAAACAUUUAUUGAUCAAUCACCACAAAAUAUUGCUGAUUCAUUAAAAAAAUUUGCAAUGGCAAAUCUAGCAAUAACAUCUUCGUUUAUCGGUGGUUUUCUUCUUGGUGUUGCUUUUGAAUAG